CAGCUGUUUUGCAGAAACGAGCAGUAGCUGGACCACAAUCUAGGCUUAGCUAGAUUUAUAUGACUAGCCAGCCCCACUCAAGCUGCAAUUUGCAUGUGCUUUUCAACUUGCAUCUCUACUUGCUUCUUCUACUUGAGAUCACUCUACUUCCUCCUUACUAUUUAUACUUCUUACUACUUUUCCUCUUUUGUAUACCCUAGCUAGCUUACACUACUCUAAUCCAACCAAUUAGAUCAGAUCAUAUCAGAUCAAGUCAUCUAAAGCAAUAGGUCUUCGUUUUUUGGAAGAAUCACACAAAUUUUGUUUUUGUUGAAGCAAUUAUCGUCUUUUUCAGGCAAGGAUCGAAUCUUAUCAGUCCUUUUUUUUCGCUCAGUCUACCCGUGAUAAAAAAAGUGGAUCCAAAAAGCAACAAGCAUGGGAAAAGGGCAGAGAAAAAAGAAGAAGAUCAAGAUGGUUAUGAUAAGCACGGUGAAGAACAAGAAGCAUACAACAACAGUUAUUAUAAUUGGGGAGAUGAGAAUAAAGAUAUGAAAGUUAUGGUUUCAGCCCUUGCUCAAAUCAUGGCUUCUUCCCAAUCUCAUCCUCUUUCUUCAUCUUCCUCCCAAGAUCUUAACCCUUCAUCAGGUCAAUCACAACAGCAAGGAUCAUCAGUAGGUGAAGGAAGUGGGAAGAAAAGGCAUUACAGAGGAGUAAGACAAAGACCAUGGGGAAAAUGGGCAGCAGAAAUCAGAGACCCAAAGAAAGCAGCUCGAGUUUGGUUAGGCACUUUUGAAACUGCUGAAGCUGCCGCCAUUGCUUACGAUGAUGCUGCUUUAAAAUUCAAAGGCAACAAAGCCAAACUCAACUUCCCUCAAAGAGUUAUUUAUGGUCACCCUCAUUACUUUUUAUCCAACAAAAAUCACACUUCUACUAAUAAUACUAAUACUAAUAAUAAUACAACCCUACUUAAUAAUAUUAUUCCUUCCACCACAAAUCAUCAAGAUCAUCAUGAUCAUCAAAAUCAUGAUCAUGAUCAAGUGAUGAUGGGUAGUAGUAAUAACACAUUAUAUCCUGAUCUAGUGCAAUAUGCACAAUUACUAUCAAGUAAUGACGCAAACUUGCCUUAUUUCAUGUCUAGUCUUUAUAACCCACAAUUACUAUCAAUGGGUUCUCAAUCUUCACCUUCAUCUUCUAGCAUUAUGAAUGCACCGAAUCAGGCCGGGCCUGCUGGGGCGCCUAGAUAUGAAGAAUGGGACUUUGAGAGGUAUUCGGCUUGCUCAAGUAGUAGUAGCAGCUCGUCGCAGUAUUACAGUAGCUCAUCUCAGCUGCCGCCAGGACCUGAUUCUGGUGCUAAUACUUAAUUAAGCAUUAUUAAUUACUAGUUGAUUAAUUAUGUAUUUUUUUUUUUGUUUUGUGUUCUUAUUUAUUCAUGGAUCAAUGUAACACCUACCUAGCUCUUCAAUAUUUAUUUUCUGCCAGAUUUAUGAUUUUGUUUUGUGUUCGUA